AUGAGCCAAGAGUAUGGUGGAGCUUGCAGGGACCAUGAACCAAGAGUGUUGUGUAGGUUCUGCAACAAAGGGUUCAGUUCCUGGAAUGCUUUGACGGGUCACAUGAAAAUUCACAGGAAUGUGAAUAUGGUUCACAGCUUGGAGGACAACAAACAGGUGGAACUGGAAGAUCCUUUGGAUCCACCAAAAAAUGGAGAUAACCAUGAUCUUGAUGAGAAUGAUGGAGAAGGUACGUCCAGUUGCUUUGUCUGUAACAAGAAUUUUAGGUCAUUGCACGCCUUAUUUGGGCACAUGAGGUGCCAUCCCAACAGGCCAUGGAGGGGAAUCCAUCCUCCCCCAAGGGCUAAGACUACUUCUGGUUCUACCUCGACUUUGUCCACCGAAUAUAAGUAUACUUUGGUUGCCUCAGGCGCUAAUUCCUGUGAAUCUUUUCCAUGUUGGAUCACAACCAGAAAGAGAAGACAGAAGCGAAUGAUGCUAGCUCAUGUAGGACGUUCAUUCCAUAGUCCCAACCUGUCAGAGAAGCUAGGCAUUGAGGCCAGCAGCCAAACAGAAGAGGCUGGAAAUGAAAGCUCAGGCCUGCACAAGAGACAGCAAAUCUUGCUAGAACAUGAGUUUGACCUGGAAUCAACCAAGGAGAGGAAGAUGGAAGAGGAAUGGCAGUGUAAAAACACUCAUGGGAGCCUGCCAGAUCAGGAACAGCUCCAAGAGAUUGGAAGGAAAAGCACUGAGAAGAUGAACACAGGAAUAGUAGAUCUUGAUGCUUCCCUUAUGCAUUUUACGCAGAUUUGCAACAAGACCCUCCUGAUGGAUCAGGGUCUGGGCAUCCAUAAAAGGACUCACUGGCAGGGACAAGCUGAAGCUGCAUUCAGUCAAGAAGGAUCACUGGGAGAGGCCAGCCCUACCACAGGCCGAAGAGUUUUAGAUUUUGAUCUUAAUGAUCUUCCUCCUAUGGAAGAAUGA